CGACGCGCGAGUCUUCACUCACAGACGACGAUGCCGCUCAGAGUAGGCUUCGUAGGCUCCGGGAUGAUGGCGGAAGCGCUCGCGGGCGGGUUCGACGCCUCCGGCGUCGCCGCGUUCUCGGACAUGUGCUGCGUCGACCGCAACCAGCCGCGGUUGGACCUGUUCGCGUCCUGGGGCGUCACCCCGUGCGCGACCGCGACGGAGCUCGCGAAGAAGUGCGACGUCAUCUUCAUCGCGGUGAAACCCUACGGCGUCGCCGCGGUCCUCGAGGAGAUGCGCCCGGCGUUAUCCAAGGACACGCUCGUGGUCUCCAUCGCCGCGGGGGUCACGAUCGCGACCAUGGAGGCUGCCGCGGGAGAGGGCGUGCCGAUAAUUCGCGUCAUGCCGAACACCCCCUGCCUCGUGAAGUGCGUCGCCGCGGCGAUGUCCGCGGGGAGAUACUGCGACCAGACGCACGCCGACACGGUCAGCACGCUGUUCGACGCGGUCGGGAAGAUCCACCAGGUGAAAGAGAGCCUUCUGAACGCCGUCACCGGCGUCAGCGGGAGCGGCCCGGCGUACGUCUUCCAAGUCAUCGAGGCCAUGGCGGACGGCGGCGUCUUGGCGGGGCUACCGCGCGGCGUCGCGCAAGACCUCGCGGCGAGGACCGUGAUGGGCGCCGCGAAGAUGGUCAUCGAGACGGGGAAGCACCCGGGCGCGUUGAAGGACGGCGUGACGUCUCCGGGCGGGACCACGAUCGCCGCGGUGGCGGAGUUGGAGCGAUGCGGCGUCCGAUCCGCGUUCAUGCGAGCCGUGAAAGCCGCCGCGGACAGGGGCGAGGAGCUGUCCAAACAGUGAGCGAGCGAGCGAGCGAGCGUCAUCGGCGCUGGUGGGGCGAUGUCGCGCGGUUCGGUUUCGGUUCGUCGUCGUGAUAAGUGUACAUAUUACACGCGCGGCGCGUCUCGCCCUCGGAAGACUCAUCGGUCGUCUCGCUAGACCGGACGCCCGUCGCAAAGAAUGAAUUUAUAAUAUCCCGUUCCGUCGUUCGCGGGCGUCACGACCACGCUUCCGCCGAGGCGCCCUGUUGCACCGCGCGGACGUACCCCGCGAGGUCCACGCUCGGAGCCAUCCCCGGGGCCGACCGCAUCGCCGCCAUCGCCGCGUGGAGACUGGCGUCCGCGAACGACCGCCGGCCCGCUUCGGCGGCGGCGGCGGCGGCGGCGAAUCUUCGGGUCGUUCCAUACGAGCGAACGUCGGGGUGGAGUUGAAAGGCGUCAAGUGGAGUUGAAAGGCGUCGAGGGCGGGGAUUGAACGCAUUAGAUGGGUGGAGAGACACGCCGGGCAAAGUCCUUAAGGAUCGGCGUUCACCACGCCGACGUGGUCGUAUGGGAACCAGUGUAUAGAACGCGCCUUCCUCC